ACAACAAACGCGCGGCGCAGGGCGAAACUUGGGGUCCGGGGAGGCUCCUCCGCGCACGCCAUGUGCCCGUGUCCCCGGCAUCGCGGCCGCGGGCCUCCGGCCGUGUGCGGUUGCGGCGACGCUCGCCCCGGGCUGCGCUGGGCGGCGGCGCAGGUGACCGCGCUGAGGCUGCAGGCGCUGGGCGACGAGCUGCACCGACGCGCCAUGCGGCGCCGCGCGCGGCCCCGGGACCCGCUGCCUGCGCUGCUGCCCGCGCUCCGCGCCCGCUGGCCCUGGCUGUGCGCGGCCGCGCAGGUGGCGGCGCUGGCGGCCUGGCUGCUCGGCAGGCGGAGCGCGUAGGCGGCGCGCGCGGGGCCUUCUUGGUAGGGGGGACCGGAGCCGAGACCCAGCCCGGACCGAGCAACAGGUUGGCGAAACCCUGUGUCCUUGGAGGAAGCUGGUUCCCGUUUUCCUGAGUGGGGGGAGCCCGGAGCUUGGAAGGAAUCGGAGUGGAAAGACCCACCCAGAGCUGAUGGUGGAAACGGACUGAGGAAGCCCUCAGGAAGUCCAGCUGCAGAGAUAGCCACCCCAAUGCUAUUUACAUAUAGCUAUAUAUAUAUAUACAUACACACAAAAAGAAAAUUCAAAAUUCCGUAUCUGUGCAUGCCUGCGGGGGACGUGGUCCCUCCCCUUUCCACACCUUGCAAUGUGAAGACUUUGAGACUUUGUAAUGUCUGGGGCAGCAGGGGAGAGAGAUGCUUACUGCUGUGUGUGGGCUGAGAAACUCACAUGGACCAGUGGGAUCAGCCUCAGCAUGGACCAAGUGCCCAGCACAGAUGCUGGCGAGAUGUGAGAGCUCCACCAAAGGCGAAAUGGAUGAAGACGGAGGGCAUGUGGGUCCCGUGUUGUUGGGGUCAGCCUCCAUUUCUUGACAUGUCCUACCCUCUCUCUCUCUCUGUCUCUGUCCCUGUCUAGACAGCUCUCUGGAUUCUCAUGGUCGGUCCCAGCCAGAGAAACGGGAUGUCAUGUUCUUUUCCUACCUAUCUGGCGUGUGUGGGUGCUUCACUUCAAAUUUUCUUGGUGCUAAGUGUGUCCUUGGCAUGGCCAGAGUCUUAGUGACAGACCCGGAUGGCCGGGGGAUGACAGGUUUCUAUUUUGCUCUUUGGAUAUAGUCUUUUUUUUUUUUUUUUUUUAAGGGCCAAGUGACAAAAGUACCACUGGAGAGUCUCUCUAUGUGGGGGGGGGGAUGCUCCCUGGGGCUUAGGAGCAACCCUCCUGCGUGCCUGGGAGGGAGGAGGGGGGAGCCAGGAUACAGAAGCUGCCUAGGAGAUGGCAGUCCCCCCUCCCCCCUGUAGCAGUACCCCCGAGAGAUUGCUGUGGCCUCCCCCACUUCCUGAGGGGAUUCAGGGCUUAGGUUUUAUAGAUUAAAGAGCCAAGAAAUGGCUACAUUCUGAUGGAGUGUGAUUUAUAAGCAGGGGAUGUUAGGGAAGGGGGAGCGGACCUUUUAAAUGAAAUGUCCGAUUCCCCUGCUCCCCAAACACACAUAGGAUAAGCUACUGUUUUCAGAAGUUUCUAGAAGGGCUAAUAUAAAUAUAAAUAUAAAUAUAUAAAUAUAUAUAAAAUGAAGCUGUGCGCCUGACUGAUAUUUGGCUGCAAAGGCUUACUGCUUCAGGAGUGAUGAUUAACUUUUGCUUUCAUUAAAAGAAAUCUUUUUUUCCCAACAGAAACAGGUAUUAUUCCUCUGCACGGAUACUUUAUUACCUCCGCUGCAGUCUUCAUGGCUGAGAUGGUGAGGGAGCCUGCUGUGGGUCUGAUUUUUGAUUUUUUCCCCCCGUUUUAAAUUUCGGAGACAAGGUCUGACCCUUGAGCCCAGGCUGACCUCCACUCUUGAGCCUCCUGUCUUGACAUCAGGCAUUUGGGACACUGCCUGCCAGGGGACAGUCACUUUCCCCUGGUUGGAUUUGCAAGGUCACUUGUCUGGUGCCUGGGGAUCAGGGGGUCUGCUAGGAAGCAUUAGUUAUUAGGGUGCACAGGGCUACAAGGGAAAUGGUCCUGCCAACUAUGCUGAGCGUGACCAGGUCCUAAAGUGCACACUCCCCCAGUUUGUUUUCCCCCUUCUCCAUAUUGAAUCCAUGCCUUAUAUUUCUCUAAAUAUCCUAUUAAAGAAAACGCAACUGAGAACUCAAUGUCCCCCCCACCGCCCCCCUUUAGCUGCCAGAACUGAACUCGGCAAAGGAAAAUAAAUAGCUUAUUUGGCAGGGAGGCAGCAGGCAGCAGGCCAUACCCUCGCCAAGCCGGAAUGACAUAGAGGGUACCAGAAUGAUCUGGAAAACACUCUCUGUAUUUAGUUCCUUUCCUAGCAAGGAACAGAGCCCUUGCAAAGCACUGUAUUUCCAGGGAAGGUGCUUGCUGCAGUGGAAAUCACAAAUGUCAGUCCCUUUAAAGAGAUAUUGUCAAGAUGGCAGUGGGGACAUGCUGACCCCAGAGAAACCCAGCGGAAGGGUGAGAGGUCAGAGAAUACCUCCCUUUUUUUGUGUUUUGUUUUUGAGCCUGACAUUGCCUGUUAGCGUACGAUAUCUCCCUGGAGGAUGUGAACUCCAAACACAGGGGUUGGCAUAUCCGGUGAUUUUCAUUUCAAUGAAGCUGUGUUGCUGAGAGAACCCAGGCACCCAUGACCUCCCAAUGGAGCUUUUCAGCCAAGUCCUCUGUAAAUACUCUCCUGUAGUAAUGGAAACCACAUAUUUAUCGGAUCUGGGGGGUGGGGUGGGGAGGCUUGGCUCGCACGCCGCCACCGCCGCCGCCUUUCAUUUGAGUGCGCUUCUUCUCCACUGCCCCAAAUUUGAUGGGGGUUGUUUUUAAAUGCUGUUUUUAUAUGAGGUUUGACUUCUUGAUGGACAUUUGUAUUAGGAUACUGAAGCAUGCUAGCUGUGUCUCUCUGGUCCCCACUGUUUCUGAUGUGGUGUUACUUGGACUGCAUGAGAUAGAGGGAUGGGCUUUCUGUUGACGGUGUUACUACAAAAAGAAAAAGAAAAAAAAAAAAAACGGAAAAAAAAAAACCCAAAACUUCCACAGUGUGUGAAGUGCUGGCACCAUCCCUCCCUUUAUCCCCUGCUUCCCCUGGCUGCCAAGGAGCAUUGAUUUUGAUUUCCCUCUCCACAGAGUCUGUGAAGAGGGAAAGAGGGGGAGAGAGGCUUUGAAAUAAAUUUUAA